AUUAUUUACAUAUAUAUGGCGCGACCUGUCAUUCUUUAGGUUAGCUGUCUAAUUGGGAUUUCUAAGAAUUGUACGUUUUAACAAAAUCUAUAAGAAAAUGACAUCUUGUCUCGAGAGUUUGCAAGUAUCCACCUGCGUGUGGUUUGAGGGUGGCGAAAAGAGAAACGCACUAGUGUCUAUACUUGCUGGCACAUUGUUUUUUACAGGCUGGUGGUUUAUAAUAGAUGCUCAUGCAAAAUAUCCCAAUGAAAUGGCAAAUGCUUACCAUGUAUGUGGAGUAUUUGGUACUAUAUCGCUUUUUAUGGUAAAUUCAGUGACAAAUGCACAGAUAAGAGGAGAAGCUUAUAAUGGAGGUUGUUUGGGAGCAAGAGGUGCUAGGAGUUGGCUGUUUGUUGGAUUUGUGAUGGGAUUUGCAGCUGUAAUAGCAGCCUGUUGGAUUUUAUUUGCCAACUUUGUGGCUGCAGAUGUAGAACACCAUUGGCCUGGUGUAGGAUUGUUUCUACAAAAUGUGUUUAUUUUCUUGGGCUCAUUGACAUAUAAAUUUGGCCGAUCCGAGGAUCAAUGGGGUUAAUAGACAUAUACCGUCUGUUGGAAAUAUGUUUAUUACUACAUGGUCAAAUUAAGUGUGCAAAGCAUGACUGAAAAAAUUUAUGGUAUUAAUAUAUCUUAUAUUCGAAUAUUAAAACUAAUUCAAUUACAGCGCCAUCGAA